GGAUCUUCACCACCCAGAACGGAAGUUCCCGAGCCUUCAAACCCUGGGGAAGCAACUCGGCAGCGGACCAAGAUGGCGGCGCCCAGUGAGGGGCAGGCGUUUGCCGCCGGAGUUGAAAAGAAUUGGGGUGCGGCCGUUCGUUCCCCAGAAGGGACCCCCCAGAAAAUCCGGCAGCUGAUAGAUGAGGGGAUUGCCCCGGAAGAGGGAGGCGUGGACGCGAAGGACACAUCUGCCACAUCCCAGCCAGUUAAUGGAUCACCCCAACCAGAACAGCCUCCAUUGGAAUCUACAAGCAAAGAAGCCUUCUUUAGCAGAGUGGAAACAUUUUCCUCUUUGAAAUGGGCGGGUAAGCCCCCCGAGCUGUCGCCACUCGUCUGUGCAAAAUAUGGCUGGGUCACGGUUGAAUGCGAUAUGCUCAAGUGCUCCAGCUGCCAGGCUUUCCUCUGUGCCAGUCUGCAGCCAGCCUUUGACUUUGACAGAUAUAAGGAGCGAUGUGCUGAGCUGAAGAAAGCCUUGAGUACUGCCCAUGAGAAGUUCUGUUUCUGGCCAGACAGCCCCUCUCCAGACCGGUUUGGAAUGUUGCCGCUGGAUGAGCCUGCUAUUCUCAUUAGUGAAUUCCUGGAUCGUUUUCAAAGCCUUUGUCACCUGGACCUCCAGCUUCCCUCUCUGAGGCCGGAGGACUUGAAAACUAUGUGCUUGACAGAAGACAAGAUCAGCCUUCUCCUGCACCUGCUUGAAGAUGAACUUGAUCACCGAACUGAUGAGAGAAAAACGAUGACUAAGUUAGGCUCUGACAUCCAGGUCCACGUCACUGCCUGUGUUCUCUCUGUGUGUGGCUGGGCGUGUGGCUCUUCUUCGGAGCCUGUGCAGCUGUGCCUGAUGACGUGUCCGCAGUGCAUGAGGAAGGUGGGGCUCUGGGGCUUCCAGCAGAUCGAGUCGUCCAUGACUGACCUGGACGCAUCCUUCUGCCUGACCAGCUCUCCUGUGCUGGGCCCUGAGGGGCGGCCAGAGCGCUCCCCACUGGUGCCCGAGUCUCCUCGGAGGAUGAUGACCCGGAGCCAGGAUGUCACCUUUUCCCCAGGCCUGGAGCAGGCUGAAAAGAGCCCAGGUCCCAUCGUCUCCCGAACUCGGAGCUGGGACUCCUCCAGUCCCGUGGAGCGACCUGAGCCUGAGGCUGCCAGCCCCACCACCAGAACGCGCCCAGUGACCCGGAGCAUGGGCACGGGAGAUGCUGCUGGCCUGGAAGUGCCAUCUAGUCCCCUACGGAGAGCCAAGCGGGCUCGCCUCUGCUCUUCCAGCAGCUCGGACGCAUCCUCCCGAAGCUUCUUUGAUCCCACCUCUCAGCACAGAGACUGGUGCCCGUGGGUGAACGUCACACUUGGCACAGAAGCCAGGGAGAAUGGUGGGACCGAGCCAGAGGCCAGUGCCCCAGCAGAACCUGGCUGGAGGGCUGUGCUGGGCGUCCUGCUGGCCCAUGGACAGUCCAGCCAGCCGGUGGACACGGACCCCAUGAGUCUAUCUGAAAAGUCGAGGAAGGUCUUCCGGAUAUUUCGGCAAUGGGAGUCUCUGUGCUCAGCCUGAAGACACGGUGGCCCUCCCUGGAGAGAGCUGUCGAGAGGGGCUGUGAAGAACCGAGUCUGGCUUCCUCUUGGUCACUGACGUGCAGCUGCUCUCUGCCUGGCGCUGUUGUAAGGAGCCCGCUAUUGCCCAGGCCACAGGGUCACCAUCAGCAUCCGUAAGAGGGAGCCCAUCUCUGGGCGGGGCCAGGGCAUGGUGAGAGGCAGCAGCCUGCUCAGUGAGAGGACGGUGGUGCCAUGACACGGGACCGAGACCUUGACACCCUUCAGAGUCUUUAGUGCUGAGCAGUGUUGUUGUUUUUUGUUGUUUUUUCCUCGGAUCUCUUUUCAAGAAAAAUAGAGCAGUGCUCUGAGGACUCUUCUCUCCCUGGAAGAUGACGAUUAUGUGCUAAUAAAAUACUUGUUAUGAUU